AUGUACAGCACCAAGAUCUUUCUUCCCUUGACCGCCCUUAUGGGCGCGUCGUUCGCUCAGACCUCCGCCAGUCUGGACUGUUCACAGAGCGUGAGCUACUUCAUAGCGAACGCUCCUACUAUGGCACCAGAACUCUUACCUUAUUUGGAUGGCCCCUUCAACACUCCAGUCCACACCCUCCCCGACGGAUCAGUGACCACACUGCCCCCAGAUACCCUCGCCGACCCAGAAGGCUACGUAGAAGUGGUCUGCGCCGUCGCCUCCGAGCUCCCCUCCUCGGUAUUACCCGCCUUCCAGAGCUUCGGCCAGGGGCUCUUAAGCUACGGUAGCGUUCACAUCUCCGAGUAUGAUCAAUUUGUACGUGAACUUCUGAUCCUAAAACAUGAUCACCGUGAUCUGCAUAAUUCUAGAAACUACCUUAAUUCAAUCCUCCUCGGCACGGGUGGCCUCUGCCAGCCUACGGCUACACCCGGUGGCUCGGCCAAUGGCACCCUUUCUACUACACCUGCUCCAACGGCUACGGGUACCAACUCCACCUCCGGCUCUUACCCUACCUCUGUGGUCAUCGCCGCUGCGUCCAAGCCCACCGGUGUCUUUGUUGGGGCGGCAGCGGUUGGUGGCCUCAUCGGAGCCGUAAUGUUGCUAUGA